AUGGGGACCAUCAAGCGCGGGCGGGGUGCGAGCCUGGAAAAAUACAGCCUUUGUGGCGGCGCGGGUCCCUCCCGGCCGGGGCCCGGGCAGCGGGACGCGGGCUCUCGCCCCCGGCGUCCCCGCGCGCAGCCCGGCGCGCCCCGGCACCUCGAGGGCGCCAGGCCCGGGGCCCCCGCGCCGCCGCCGCGCUGGGCCACGCGGGCCGCCCGGGCACGGCGCGCGCCUCCCGCAGACCCACCCGGGCCGGGGCCCUCCGGAAGGCCCCGGGUGCGCGCAGAGCUCUGCGGCCCGGCACCCCGGGUGUGCGGUGUGCCCGGCGAAGGGCGUCCCGCUCCCCGGCGCCUUCCCGGCGGCCCUCCCGCCGCGCUCGACACCCGCACGGGUCCGCGCCCCACGCCCGCGCGCGGCCGCCCUCCACCGCGCGGGGCGCGCGUCCCGCCGGGCAUGCCGGUGACACCCGUCCCCGCCGGUCCCGUCCCCGCGGGCCCCGGGUUCACUCACUGGCGCACCCACGUGUCCUUCCGAGGCGCGGGGGAGCGCGGGGCGCGCGCCGGCGGCCGGGCGGGCACCGGCGCCCGCAGUGCCCCCCGCGGACGCUAUCUGCCUGCCCAUCAGCGCGGGGAUCUGCGCUGCACGCAUGGGCACAGGACCCCAACACGGAGUGACACACAGAAUGCAUACAAAGCUGCAGGAUUCGGAGAGGCCCACAAACAGCAGUCCGAGCUUUCCGAGUGUGCCGAGGCCCAGGAAGGCAGGAGAGACCUGGAGUGUGGACAAGCAGGGUGGGGGCCUUCGGUGCCGGGCAGCCAGUAUGUUGAAAUAAAAAGCACCGCGCUGGGAGGGGGAUCGGGGCUGCGCCACCCGGGCUCCCCGCUCCAGCCCCUCGCCGGCGUCACCCCCACCCUAACCCGCCCCCUCCGCGCACCCGCUGGACAAAAGCGACCCGCGGCGCUCCACACGGUGGCUCUGCGCCGCUGCCCCGCACUUGGGUCUGGCCGCCAGCUGCGCGCCCUGGCUCCCCGCUCCGCUCGGCCGCGUCCGCUCGGGGCGCCGCCCCCGCCCCCGCCCGGUGAGUUCGCUCCGCUCCGCCUGCCGGGCACCCGAGUCGCCGGGCGGCUCCACCUGUACUCCCCACCUCCGGGGCUCACCCUGGCCCGGGCCCCCGGGGGCGGAUUCGGGGGCUCGGCCCGCCGCGGGCCUCCUCCGCCAGACCCAGGUGCGGCGGCAGGCCGCCCUCCCGCCGCACGGGGCCUUCCCGGAGCUGCCCCGGGCCCCGCCCGCAGCCUUUGUCUGGGCGCCCCCACCCCGGGCCGCCUCCCCACCCGGCCUCCCCCGGCGGGUGCGUCCGAGCCGGGCCGCCGGGCCGCCUGCACCUGCCGGCCGGUCCCGUGCGCCGGCUUAGCCCGGCUCGCUCGCAGCUCCCCGCGGCCCUUUAUUCGCGGAGGCCGGGGGCCGGAGGGGGGCAGCGCGCGGCUGCCCGCCUCGCCCGCCCCCAAGUGCAGGCGAAUCCGUUUGGUGGGGUUUCGGCCGGGCCGGGCCGCGGUGGGGGCCCCCGGCCCAGGCACGGGGUGCGCUCCCGGUCGCCGGGCGGGGCGAGGGCUCCAGAGCCGUUGGGGCGGCCGGGUUCCAGCUCCCGCUCGCCCCAGCCGGGAGGGGAAAGCCUCGAAUUCGGGGCCUCCUGGGCCUGCCGUCCUUCCUUCAGCAGGAAACGGGGAGAUUUCCGUGUUCUGUUUUUUGGGGGGGGAGGCAAACCCCUCGUCCCCCGAGUCCGGACCCUCCGGCGGCGGGCUGCGGGCCCCCGCGGGAACCCCGCGCGGGGAUUCGUUUGUGAGCCCGAGGCUCCGAGAGCCAGGCGGGACCACGGGGCGCCGGCCGCCGCUUCCCGGCCGCGGUGACAAACUGCGAGCAAAUUGCGUCCAACGGAACGGGUUUGGUAGCUGUGGAGCCACGAGGCCGGAGCAUCGCGUGGCCGCCCGCGAAAGCUUGUUCCAGCGGGAGGAAGGUGGCCGCUCCUUACGCAGGUUCCAGCUGUGGUCCAGAACAAGCAAAAAUCGAACACAACAGGUCCACCGCAGGCAGGCGGCGUGGAGACGCGGUCCCCGCGGCGGUGAGCUGCAGUCUUCUCCGGUGGGCGCCGCGGCCGCGGCCGUCCCGGGGUUGUCGUCCCGACUGAGCCUCGGCUCCGGGGACCAGGCCGGCGGCUGGUCUCCGGGCGGGGGUGGCGUUCCGGCUGCCGCCCCGGCGCCCGCGGCCGGACGCGCGCUUCGAGGGGCGCAGGCCCCCCCUUCGUGGUCCAGCUCGGAGCGCGGUCGCCCGCGCGCGGCUUCCGCCCCCAGGCUGGGCGCACGGUCGGAGAACUCAGCAGUCCCGCGUCCGGCGCAGGAGCUGCCGAGCCGGCCGGGGCUCCCGCGUGCCGGCCGGCCGCCCCCAGGCCUCGGAGCCCAGGCAGAAGCUCGCUCCCCCGUCCUCCUCCCCCCACGCCGGGACGCCGCGGGCGGGGUCCGGUGCGGGUCUCCCGGGGCCCGGGCUGGAGCUCGGCUAAACGCCCCGUUCGGCUCCUCGGUGCGGCGAUUUUCCGGGCGGCCGAGCGAUCGGGGCCCGAGUCCGCGUCUGCCCUCCAUCCGCUGGGGGCCGGGAAGGCCCCCGGUGGGGCCUCGGGCGCCAAGUCCCGGGUCGAGCCCGGCGGAACGAGGCGUGGUCCCCAGCCCGCGGCGUCUCCGAGAGGCGCCCAGCCGGCCCCCAGCUCCGCGGCGCGGUUCCCCUACCCGCGGGUCGAGAAUCGUGCGCUCAAGGCGGGGGGCCCGGCGUCGCGGUGGCGGGGCCGCGGGCCGGAGAAGCCGCCUCCGGUUACCCAAUUACCGACUGUCAAUCCCGCCGCCCCUCCCCCCGGCGCGGACCCCGGCCCGCCCGGGCCCCGACCCACCUGGGGCUCCCGCGCGCCGGGAGGGAGCGGGGCGGGGGCUGGUCCGCGGCGUCCCGUCCCGCACCUGUCCGGGCGCCCCCGACGCCUUCGGGCCGGCUCGGUCCCGGCCUCCCUCGGAGCCGCCGCCUCGCGUCCGCCCGGCGGGGCGGCGGAAGGGCGCGCCCCGGGCCCACGGGACACGGGGCCCCGCCGCGCCGGAGGCGCGUGGAGAGCGGCGCCCGGUGGCCCGGGGGACGAAGCGCCGGCCUCCCCGCCUCGCCGGGGCCGCCGCGGGGACCCGCGGGGACGGAAGGACGCGCUCGGCCCGGGGCGCGGCCCUCCGCCGGCGCCGGUCCGGGCUCCCCGGCCCGGGCCCCGGCCGCUCGGCCCGGUGGUCCGCGAAGGCCACGCCCGCGGAGGACGACCCUCCCCCGGAGCCGCCCCCCGCGCGGCCGCGCGCGCGCCGCCCCGCCGCCCGGGGCCCCGCGGGCGCCGCUCAGCCCGGCCUCCCCCGAGCCGGGGAGGGGGCGCCCGGCCCGCGCGGCCCCCGCUUCAUGUCUGUGCGAGCGUCGGCAGCUGGCGCCAGGGCGGCCGGGGCUGCCGAGGGGCCGGAGCCGGGCGCGCCCGAGGCCGAGGCGCGCGCAGCCCCCCGCCCCUGCUCCGGGAGCCCGCGGCCUCGGACGCCGCGCGGGGCCGCCCGCCCGAAGCCCGCGCCCGCGCCCCCUCUCCGCCUCCCUCCCUCCAGUCCCGCUCCGCGCGCGUAA